GAAAUUGCACUCACUUGGAGUAGUCAAGACAUCAAGUCCAACAGAGCUGUUAAAAACAUUUUCCUGUGACGUGAUGGAAAAAGCCUGUAUGUAUGGAGAGUGUUCAUCUUGUAAAGAUGUCACAAUUCCCAUAAAGAAUCGGGACAUUAAUGAACCUACAACAUGGCUUCAGUGGAAAACAAAGAAGGAGGUGAGAUCAGUAAAGCAUGGUGGUGAGAUUGAAAGAAAAGAAGUUGCUAUUACAGUGAAAGAAGUGGAAGAGGGUACAAUUGCAGAUUUGAGGGACAAUCUUUAUCAACAUAUGGCCCGAUACAAGAUACAUUCUUUUAACAUUGCCAAUCAGUAUGCAUUUUACAGAGACAAAGUCCAAAACAUGAGUGUCAAAGAAUGCCUUGUGCAUGUUGACUUUUCUGAAAAUUACUAUGGGAAAAUGUCCUCAGAGGUGCAGAGUAUGCACUUUGGUGCAAGCAAGACACAAAUAACACUUCACACAGGUGUGUUUUACAUAGGAGGUAGCACUGAUCCUCACACAUUUUGCACGGCAUCUGAUUCCCUAAACCAUGGACCGCAAGCAGUAUGGACACACAUGAAACCAGUUCUGGAAGAGAUUAGAGGAACAAAUCCACAAGUUGAAACAAUUCACUUCUUCAGUGAUGGACCAGUCACACAGUACCGUCAGAAAGGAAACUUUUUUCUGUUCAGCACUAUACCUUUUCAAAAUGGGUUUACUUCAUCCACCUGGAAUUUCAAUGAAUCAGGACAUGGAAAAGGCAUUCCUGACGCUGUUGGUGGCUCCCUUAAACGUUCAGCUGAUAGACUUGUUUUGCAUGGCCAUGACAUAACCAAUGCACAGACUUUUGUCAGUGAAUUAUUGAACACAGGUUCUAAAAUUCUGUUGUACCACAUCACUUCUGAAAGUAUCAACAAAGCUGACCAAGGUUUGGUGUUGAAGAAACUACCACCUGUUCCAGGGACAAUGAAAAUACACCAAGUGCUUACAUCUUGCCCUCAGAAUAUAUCCUACAGGGAUAUCAGUUGUACAUGUGUCUCAGCUGUAUGCAAGGGGCAUGAAUUAAAACAGUUUUCCUUUGAAUCUGUAAAGUAUGGAAAGGAUGCUGAGGCAAAAACACCAAAAGCCCAGGGAAAGGAAAACAUGUCUUCAAAUGUUGAUGGAAUAUCUCUGAGAUCAAGAAAAGGUGACCUGAAAAACAAAAGUGUUGACUCUCGAGAAGCUCAUUUCUCCCAAAUACUAUCAGCAAUGAACAAAUGUUCAACUUUUGCAAAACUUGCAUCAUUGUGUUCUCAAGUUGAGAAAAACGAUACUUACCACAUCACAUCCCUCAACAAGGUUGACAUAUUAAAAUCAGGUUUAUGCGUUGAUAUGAACGUCAUUGAUGAGAUGCCAAGUGAUUUUCCAGGUACAGACAUUCUUUAUCCUGUUAGAGUUUCAGCAGAUGGAAAUUGUCUGCCUCACUGUGGUAGUGUGUUUGCCUUUGGAAAUGAAAAUCAUGUGUUUGAAAUCAGAGCUAGAAUCAUCACUGAACAGGUUUUGAACAAGAACUUGUAUCUGUCCAAUGACUACAUGUGUCAAGGAAUCACUCCGCCAUCAUCAAGGUCCUUACCAAAGCAGUUUGCAAUGUAUUCUGAUCACUUCAUCCCAGGCAUUGAACUGACAUCUUCAACAAUAGAAACAAUUUAUGAGAAUGAAAUUCUUGCAAUUACUAAACCUGGCUCCUACAUGGGAAUAUGGCAGAUGUUUGCAUUGUCCACCAUUCUGAAAACAAAGUUGUAUUCUGUAUACCCAAAUAAAGGCAACAAACAGGUCAGAAGUGAUCUUCAUAGACAAAUUAGUCCAAGACAAAGUGAGGGCAGUGAUACCAAACUUAUCAUGUGGUGUUCGACAAGGAAGGAUAUGAGGUCAUCUAAUUGGCUUCCAAACCACUUCGUACCCUUACUUCCUAUUGAUUCAAGUAAAGCGGACUCUUCCUCAGCCAGACAGACAUAUACAGGAGAACCACCAGAUGACAUCAUGGAGAAUAGUCCUGAAGAUGAGAUGACACCAAUGGUUCCCAACGAACACAUGGAGCAGAACAGCCAAGCCACUUCUGAACUCAAGAAUAGUCCUGAAGUUGAUGCAGAAGAUGAGAUGACACCAGUGAUUCCCAAUGAACGCAUGGAGCAGGAUGGUCGAGCCAUUUCUGAACUCAAGAAUAGUCCUGAAGUUGAUGCAGAAGAUGAGAUGACACCAGUGAUUCCCAAUGAACGCAUGGAGCAGGAUGGUCGAGCCAUUUCUGAACUCAAGAAUAGUCCUGAAGUUGAUGCAGAAGAUGAGAUGACACCAGUGAUUCCCAAUGAACGCAUGGAGCAGGAUGGUCGAGCCACUUCUGAACUCAAGAAUAGUCCUGAAGUUGAUGCAGAAGAUGAGAUGACACCAGUGAUUCCCAAUGAACGCAUGGAGCAGGAUGGUCGAGCCAUUUCUGAACUCAAGAAUAGUCCUGAAGUUGAUGCAGAAGAAGAUUUGCAGGAGCUUUUUCAAAGCAAGCCCCAACAAAGUCUUGGAAAUUUGGUCUGUUUGAUCUAUGAUGGAAUGCCAUAUCCUGGCAAAAUCAUUGAUACAGGUGAAGGUGAACUCUUCAUUGAGUCCAUGCACUAUGUUGGGAGAAAUGACAAUCUUUUCUUCUGGCCAAGAAUGAAAGACCACUGCUGGUAUAUGUUUGACAAUAUACUUGGCAUUAUUCCCAAGCUAAUCCCUCAAAACACAAGACACUUCUCGGUUCCUACCAACAUGUGGGAAAGAUUUAAAGAACGCCUUGACAGACGCAAAUAGAAAUACACAUGUCUGUAAACACAUUUACAAGGCAAAUAUCAUAAUUCCUGUUUCAUAAUUGUUAAUGAUGUUAUCAAAAUUAGAAGUUGUUUUUGGACCGUGUUAAAGUCCUUUCCGUAUGUAACACUAGUUACAUUAUGUAACACAGAGAGGGGACAGAAGAUAAUCCCAUAAUAAUGUUUAUGUGGUUCUGAGAGUUACCUAACAUUCCUUCUACAACAGGUGUUUUGUCAUGUAAAACUGACAUGGUGACUAGCGAGACAGAGGUUUUUGUAUUCAAAUUAAAGUUUAUUCAAUUGAUAUGAUGUGUUUGUUUUUGAUACCCAUGUUUGUUGCGUUACAAGGUGGAAUGUGGCAGUCAUAUUACAAUUCCUCUUGUGCAAAAAAGUCACUACUGUUAUGCUUGUCACUAC